AUGGUGAUUCCUAUAUAGAGCAAGCCUAUUCAAGAACCAAAAAUUCUUAAACUCAAACUUAUAAGCAGAGGAGAAGGAAAAGGUGGAAUUUUUGCUCCAGUAAAGCCUGCAGACACAAAUACCGAAAAAUUCAAAAAAAUCAAAGAAUUAGUGGGCGAAAAAUACUUCGAUGAAAAUGCCAAGGUUGACGAAGGAUUAAAACUAAUUGGUGAAGAGCCUAAAUCCAAUGAAGGGGAAUUUGAAAUUGUAGAUAUUGACAUGGAUCCAAAUGAGAUGAAGCCUGAACAAAUAGAUAUUUUAGAAGCCCUUUACAAAGACGCAGAAGGCGAAGAAGGAGAGCUUGAAGACGAUUUUUUGCAGCUUGCAAACCAAGAAGGUGAAGAAGAGCUAGAAGAAGUAAUGAAAGAAUAUGAGUCUGAUAGUGAAAAUGAAAAAGAAGAGCCACGAGGACUAGUCCCUAAAUCUGUAUUAGACGAAGCUAUGGAAGAAUUUGUGCAAGAACACCCCACGAUGUUUGGAGAAACUAAUGAAGAUAAAAAAGAAGAAGAUGCCACGGUUUAUACAAAAAAAAUUACCUAUGAAAAAAUAAAGCCUGAAGAAGACCAUGUCAUGCAAAGAAUUCUUGCUGAAUUAGUAGAAGAAACAGCUGAAGAAGGAGAAAUUGAAGUGCCAGAGCCUGAAUAUAAAGUCCGUGAAGACGAUAUUAAUUCUGUUGCAAGCACUUAUACAAAUACAGAUAAUAGGCCUAUUAUUGUAUCUGUUAGACCUGGAGCUGAUAAAAAGGGCAAAAAAUUGAAAGGAAAAGGAGGAGAAGAAGAAGAUGAGAAAGAAGAAAAUAAAAAGCAGCCAGGCCAUAGAGAUCGUGGGGAAACAAAAGAAGAAAAAAAGAAGCGAAAAGAAGAAAUUAAAGCUCAGAAAAAGGAAAGCAGAGAAAGAAAGAAGAAUAUCAAAAUUCUUUAUAAAGUUGAAAAAUCCAAACAAAAUGAGCUGAAUUCAGGCACAGGAGAUGUGGCUUCUGGUUAUUCAAUAAUUAAGCUAUAA